AUGGCUGCGGCAGGUCCUUUCCGGCCCAGGCGGCUGCCCGUGCUUUUAUUUGCCGGAUUCGCAGCCGCUGCCUUCCCCAGCUGUGGGUUUCUGUGUGCCAGGACCCAGGCCCCAGUCUCAACAAGGGUGCGGCGGAAGGCCGUAGAGGAGCUCGUGUUGGUCUCCACGCUGGCCGCUUCUUCGGCAGCCCUGUGGCAGAGCGGUGCCGAGCUACUGGAGGGCCUGGUCCAGGACAGUCCUUCCGAGCCUGCGCCCGAGUUCCUGGCAGCCGCGAACUCCCCGGACCAGGUCAUGAUUGGAGCUGCUGGCUUGCUGCGGACAGUUGGCCGGAAGACGCAAUUCACGUCGAAGGUCGAUCUUAUCUCGGCAAGCUUGAACAUGAUUGGCUUUCUGCGAGAAGUUGAGAAGCAUCCCUGCCUGUAUUACAACGAACGCAUCCUGCGCGAAGCAGUCCGACGCUAUGAGAACAUCUGGCUUCCUCUAUUGGCAAAGGUAGGGCCUGAAGGACUGCUGCUGAUUCCUCCACUGGACGUGGAAUGGGUGUGGCAUUGCCACAUGCUGUGCCCUACAUCUUAUGCGCAAGACACCUCUGCUGUGGUGGGCACCAUGCCAGAUCACCGCAUGCUGCCGCGCGAUGGCCACUACAAGGCCAAUGCGAGGCUUCAGUGGGAGAAGGAUGUAGACCUGCACUUGCCGCUACUGGAGGCUGCCAGCGAAACGAAGCCUUCCAGCAAGAUCAAGUACGACAUCAUCGCGGCAGCUGCGCGACAGGCUGCUUUCCACUACCAGGUGGCCGUGAUGCCUCAGUACCAAGACCGAUUCUUCUUGCGCACCGCUGCAGACCGGUACCUGAACAAGUUCCUGUACCUGAAAUUAUGCCACCCAGAGAGCGUGUUGGUGCCAACAUAUGACAUCGACUGCAUCUGGCAUGCGCACAUGCUCCAUCCUCAGCAGUAUGCCGAAGAGACCCCCGCACUCUGCGGGCAGCUCGUCCCUCAUGACGACAGCCUUAAUGACCGCUGCCAUGGUGGGCAUUUGGAACAACAAUGGAUCAUGACACAAAGGGCUUGGAAAGACGAGUUUGGUGAAGAUGGUCCCGAUAUCCGUGGAGGCAUGUUUCGUGGCAUCGCCACACUCGAGGAGCGUCAGCAGAAGCAACAACAGGAACAGACUUUGCAAAUAUGCGCAGGAGGCAGUUUCAACAUCGCCAGAGGUGACAACUAUGCCUUUCUGCCAGAUCACCAUAUCUCGUGGCUCCAUCGUCAAGGGUUGAGGCUGGAUGAGUGCAGUCGGCGUUUCAGCUGCGCCCGAGACCUUGCCGCACAAGUCGUUCAUGGAACUGCCAAUGGCAGGCGCCGAAGCUUCAUGGAAGUCGUCCGGCUUGGCACCUCUUGUCCGCUUGUCACAGCGCACACCGCCGAUCUGCCGGCACGCAAGCAGCUCUCCCUGUUUUCGGGGUGCCCAAGCCUCGCAGAGUCUGAGCAAGCACUGAUCCUGCGAGUGGCCUCGGAGGAUGUGGGGGUGCUUGUUGGACAUUGGAAGAAGUUCUCCGGUCUGCGAGAGGUUCCAGGCCAUCUUGUUGUGAAGCUCUUCUCAUUGAAGAGGAUGAGAAGCGUGCGUGUUCGGAGUCUCGGCCAAGAACAGCCGAGCGUGCCUCCCACCUUUCACAUUCCCUUGGGAGAACUUGGGGUUGCUGGCUGCACUGCCCUGGCAGAGAUCGACUUGGCAAAAGCAGAAGUUCGUGGAAUCAGCACAGGUGCUGAAUCUGCGGUCAGCUAUGGAUUCGCACUUGCCCUGGCUAUGCUGCAUGUGUCGGUGCAACCUCGCAUCGGUGUGCGACCUGAUCCCCCUGAGGCGCGUGAUGCACCUAGGUCACGUGAUGCACAUGGUCCGUUUGUCUAUCCGGAGCUUACGCUGGAACACCAGAGGUUCGAUAUGCUUCGGGCAGCAGGAGGACAAGGUUUUUCCGGAUAUCAGUAUGAUGCUCCGGAAGGCACCGAAGGCAUGGGAGGCUCGGAAAGCGCCGACGCCGGCGGUUGUGGAGCCUGUGGAACUGGUGGAGGUCACCUUGGACAGACUUGGAAAAGCAAUGUUUUUGAGUUUUUUGCCGGGGGCCCGAAAAUAAUCCGAGUCUAA